AUGAUUCCUUUCCGAGAGAGGUUGGUUGUGAACACGGAUCUUUUCUUAAGACGCAUUAUCUGUGAUGAGAGGGAAAGUGAUGGAAGGUGGGGACACGUUGUCUCCAUGCCCCACUCAUUGAUCAGCCAAAAGGAAAAGGCAUGUGUACUGGCAACAAUCACGGAAAGCAGAAUUGACUUGGAAAGUGCACCUUGCUGUGCAAUUGCAACUGGAUUUCUGAUGCCGCAUCACGAAUAG